ACUGCCAGCUCCUUUACCUUCUUGAGAAUAUUAUUUUGGCCUCAAAGUACUUUGCAAAAGUGGCUGUUGGCUAAGCAGCAUUAUUCCCAUUUUACAGAUGGCAUUUGCUGAGGCACGGUGAGUUUAAAGGCCAGAUUUUCAAAAGUGUUCAGCAUCCAACUCUCAUUAAGAAAAAUGGGGGCAGGCGAGUUCCCAGCACUUCUGCAAAUCUAGCUGCCUCAUUUACUUGUUGGAUUCUGAACUCAUCCAAAACUCUAGCCUUAAGUGUCCUCCCCAGAGUCUUACAACAAGAUGGUACGGAAGCCAAGUCUUGUGACUAAGACUAGUUCCAUGCCUAAUCCUAUAUGCUCUUCCUUCACCCUUAAAAAAUCCAUGCAAAACCAGGAUAGGAAUUGGUAGUAGGUGCCACAGUAAUUGUUGCUUUUUGAAUCACCUAGAUGGAUGCAGGUAGAUUGAGGCUUUUUGGCUCAGGCUCAUACUGGAGCAUUGGUUCAGAUCAUUUUUGUCGUAAAACUUCAAGAGUGUGGUUUUCCCAGCAGUGUUGGAAUAAAUGUGUUUUGUCUGAGGAAGGAAUGACUCAGAUCUCAUGCUUUACACAGCUCAUGAUGAGCAUUGUUCAUAAGAGACAACCCAAAAAUGAAUCUAGUGGACAUAACCAAAAUCUUCUCCAUGCUCCAGCCAAGAGAAGAUGAAGAUGAUAAUGGAGAAAGACAAGAGCUGAAGCAAGCAGUGUCCCAGGAUGAUUUUCAAACUCUUGAUGAACUCUUGUGCCAAGACAGAUACAAAUCAGUUAUUAACAGCAGAAGUGGUUGGGGUGUACCCGGGACCCCAUUGCGCCUAGCAGCUUCUAAGGGCCAUCUGAGAAGUUUGGAAGUUCUCUUGGCCCAUGGAGCAGAAGUGGACAGCCUAGACGUGAAGGCGCAAACUCCACUAUUCACCGCUGUUAGUAAUGGCCAUCUGGAUUGUGUUAAAGCACUAUUGGAGGCAGGGGCUAGUCCUUCUGGCAGCAUCUACAAUAACUGUUCUCCGCUGCUCACGGCCGCUAGAGAUGGAGAUGUCAGCAUUCUGCAAGAACUCUUAGACUAUGGGGCAGAAGUCAAUGUUAAAGCAAGAGUCCCAGAGUGGGCUGCCAAUUCUGCAGCCUGUUCAGGCCCUUUGUAUCUCUCAGCUGUCUACGGACACUUGGAGUCUUUUAAAAUGCUGCUGCUUUAUGGAGCGGAUCCCAAUUACAACUGCACUGAUAAGAAAAUGAUCUCACGAAUCAAGCAGCCCAAGACUGUGCUUGAAAUCUGCCUACGACAUGGUUGUGGGAGUGAAUUCAUAAAACUACUCAUUGAUUUUGGAGCCAAUGUGUACUUACCAAACAUCGCAGGAGAUAAGAUCUCGCCAAAUAGUGAGGCAUUGGCGCUGCUGAUCAGAGAAAGAGCUCAUCCAAAAUCCUUGAUGUCUCAAUCUAGGCUGGCUGUCAGGAGACUUCUGAAAAUGACCCACAGUGCACAAGCCAUAGAUCAACUGGAGAUCCCACCUGUGCUAGUGAACUACCUCAAGCAUCAUUCUUAAGGGAAGAUCAGAGCAGCAAUUUUGAAGACAAAUGUAACGUGUUGACCACCUGGAUAAAAAGCCAUUGUGAAGUAGCAACUAUGCAGUAUGUGGUAGCCAUGAUUCAGUUAUUACUGUGUGUGUGUUUGCUUAAAUUACGUCUCCAAAAGGCAGCUUUGCUUUUAUUAAAACAAACCAAAGAAAACUGGUAAAAGGUAAUAAAGGUACACGAAGAUGGAAAAGAAUUUACCCCUAGCAGUGCACUGAAAGGAUUGGAGAAUGUUCUUAGAAAAACAUCUAGUUUAAGUUUUUUAUAUGAUUUUGGUUUUAUACUCUCAUAACCAAAUCCUCUUUCAUCUUAUUAGUUAACUCAAAUCCAAAAAAAGUCUGUAUGGUUGUCAGAAGCUGAAAGGGAAAGCUGGUUUUCCAUCCUACUUUUAUGGGGGAAAGAACAGGAGGUACAAUAGGGUAAAGAGUGAUGGGUUUUACCCUGUGUUGUGGCUUAAGUCUAAAAACAUUUGUCUUGUUUUUUUUUUUAAUCUCUUUCCUGGAAAGCUAUAAAAGUGCACACCAGCCUUUCUGAGCUGGGAUUAAGAGCUGUACCUAAACUUGUGAUUUACAUCAAAAUUGUGUGGAGGGGUGACUUUAGAACUGUUUGUCACAUCUGGAGAUUGGAGCCCUCUAAGUUCUCUAUAAAAAGUACUGUGGCAAGGCGGAUGGAAAACAGCAAUGCAAAGCAAACUCUUAUACCCUUCCUCACUAAUGUUCCUCAUUCUCAGACUACAUGUACGCUACAGCCUGGAUAAGUGCACUGAGAUCAAACCAAUGGCAGACGAUUUUGUGGGUCUCCCAAAUUGACCACAGAUCGCUCUCCAGUUGACCAUGUUACUCUACCCCAGACAAGAAGAGUAAGGGAAGUUGAUUGGAGAGUUUCUCCUGUCGACUACCCCCAACCUCCAUGGCACAGACCUCAUAGUAACUUGACUUAAGGUACGUCGACUGCAGCUACGUUAUUCACGUAGCUAGCUGGAGUUGUGUAGCUUAAGUCAGCUUUCUGCAGUAGUGUAAAAGUAGCUUUAGGCCAGGUCUACACUAGACCCAGAAGCUUGGCUUCAGGUAUGCUAUGUGGAAUACGUAGCUGGAGUCAGCUUCCUUUAAGCCAAGUUUGGCGCACUCCCCACAGCGGGAGGCCGAUGGGAGCAAAUACUCCCAUUGGCUUCCCUUACUCCACACAAGAGCACGAGUACUGGCCACUGGUGGGGAAGUCUUAACUAGACUUGCUAAAUCGAAUUCCAAAAGAUCGAUCAUGGCAGCAUCGAUCGUCUGCAGAGUGAAGAUAAGGCCUUAGCAAUUCCCAUAGGGGGUCAGAAAAUGACGUAUUCAAUCUUUGGCCUCUGCUGGGACUGAUAAAUGAGGCUGGUUAUUACCUGGCGUGGACAACAAUUAUCAUACUAGAUAGGGCUGUAGUUGUGUUGUCUUCUGUAUCUUGAAUAGCACUGAGCAUAUGCUUAGUAAUGUAUGGACAAUAAUAAUAGCCCACAGAACAGCCAUCAAUUGCUAAUACCUUCCAGUCCUGGGCUAGAUUUUAAAUGGUGGGCUAGAGGCAAAAGACUCUGUUUCAUAUGCAGUCUCCUCUGCCUUCCUCACCUCCUACAUCUAACUCAAACACAUAAUUUCAUCUUCUCCUUAAAUAUAGUUCUGGGUAGGAUUAAGUGGAGAGAAUAUUCAUCUGAUCUGUUGUAUGCAUAUGAAUUUUCAGUUUUCAAGAAUUCAUGUUAUUAUUGUGAUUAAACUAUUCAGGUCUGUUUGGUAAAAUACUAUUUCAUUGUUACUGGAAGAGACAGGAAGCCCUCUUGGUGCUAUAUGUAAACCGAAAUUUGGCACAAUAUCACUUGGAACAUGACUCUGGCUGAUAACACAAAAUGUCCAGGCUUAAACUUAGAGAGUCUCAAGUUAGCAAAACAAGAAUUUGUGAACAUUCACUCCAGCUCCAGCUAGCUCUUUGGUUUCAUCUUAUUCAGGUCUCUCUUGUUCUCUAAUGGGUUUUGCUUACAUGCUGGUUGCUGCUCAUACAACUGCCCAGAUUUGCCUGUGAGCAACGGUACUGGUGCAUGAACAAAUGUAUUCAGUAUUCCUAUUCACUACCUUUGUAUUUGUUUGCCAUUAAUUAGUCUCUUGUUUAAAAAGCUACAGCCAGCCACUCAAAGAAAAAAUCAAUCACCAUAUGAUCAAUCAUGUACAGGAUUAAAUGUGUUUACAAACACUUUUCUUUAGAUCAUUGUAAAUAAUAAAUAUAUUCAUAAAAGUCU